UAGAGGGUAUUUUGAAGAAACGCCUCCGUAAUUGAUGCAUGUGAAGAUGCCAACUGUUGCUAAUUAACCCCCCAAAAAUAUAUCAGAUGUUCACUUGUUUUUAUAAACGUUUAUAUGUAAGAGAGGUUAAACAUAAUUUUCUUGUACUCACCGUUAUUACCCAUGAAAUAAGAUGCAGUAAGAUAAACAAAAUUAAAUCCUAGUUUAUUCCAGUAUAUCUGAUAAUCGAUAGAAUUAAUUCUGCUGAUCCACGAGAGGAAUAACUGAAGUCCAGAGGGGCCUGAUCUUUCUGCAAUGGCUAGCGUGCACGAAAGUUUAUAUUUUAACCCCAUGAUCACCAAUGGAGUGGUCAACGCCAAUGUCUUUGGUAUAAAGGACUGGGUCACUCCAUACAAGAUCUUAAUAUUAACUUUACUCUAUGAGAUGUCCACAACGAAACCCAUGGCACUUCUAGACAGAAGACGCCUGAAUAAACUCAUUCUACCUUUACAACAGGGUCUAGAUCUGACCCUAGAACAGUUUCUAAAGAAAUUGGAGGAGAGCUGUUUUCGUUUGGUCAUUGCUGUUAAACUCAGGUUGUUUAUGAUAGCUAAUGGAGAGUUGGAGGACAUGGAGCACUUCUUUACCAUUCUGCCACAUGCUUUCAGUGACUCUGAGGCAUUCAAAACAAGCGUUGUAGGCCUGUUUGUGCGUCAGAUGCUGCUGGCCUAUAAUAAACUGUCUUUCAGUCAGGUGUAUAAAUUGUACAAGUCCCUACAGCUGUAUUGGCAUUCUGAAGACCAAUCUGAGCUGUCAGCACUACCUGCUGAAGACAUGGAACUGACGAGCAAUGAAGAACCCAACGCUGACCACAUAGAUGAGCUGCACACAUCAUCUCUAUACCAGUCUGAACUGAGAUCUGAUAAGACUGGAGGUCCUUUGUCUCAGAAACAGGCGGAAUACUUCCUCGCUCGCCAGGUAUACCUUCUGAAGAACGAUGAGAACAAGGCCUUGUCGCCAGCUAAGCUACAGUACGAGCACAACAAUAUCCUCAAGUUCAACCCUGACUUUGCUGAAGCUCAUUACCUGAGCUAUCUGAACAGCAUGCGAGUGCAGGAUAUCUACAUCUCCACUCACAGCCUCCUUCACUAUUUUGACCGUCUCAUUCUCUCCAGGACAAAGCGGAAGAACAAUGGAGAUGAAAGCUAUGGCCGCAGUUUGCGCUAUGCUGUUCUGAAUCUAGCAACUCUGCACUGCCGAUUUGGACACUAUCAACAGGCUGGUCUGGCUUUGCAGGAAGCUAUUUGGAUUGCACAGGAAGCUAACGACCAUGUUUGUCUCCAACAUUGUCUGAGUUGGCUGUACACACUAGAACAGAUGAAAGGAUCGGAUAGUGUGGUACUAACUGAAGACUCUGUAAAAAUCGCUGCACACUUUUGUCUCCCUUAUUUAGCAUCUCUAGGCAUUCAAUCCCUGGUUCAGCAGGGAGCAAAGCAGGGCAUGCCAGCCAAUAAGCUGCUGGAUGCCCUGCGGGGGACCAACAUCAUGCACUGGAAGCAAAGCCUCUCUGAGCUCAUCGAGAUUAGCCUGGCCCAGACAACCUCCAUAUGGAGGAUGUAUGGCAAAAGCACUAUGUCACGGCAACAGGCUCAACUCCUAUUAAAUAUGAACAGUCUGGAGCAGGUGAACUUUGGUGUACAGCAGAACAACACAGAGGCCUUUGCCGUCACCCUCUGCCAUCUGGCAGAGCUCCAUGCUGAUCAGGGCCUGUAUGAUGUUGUAGGUGACAUUAUGAAACACUUAAAACAACAGUUCCCUCCUCAUACCCAACAUGCCAAGCUCUGGAUGCUAUGUGAUCUAAAGAUUCAGUUUGAGAAAGCUAUGAAUGAUGGGAAAUACCACUUGGCAGAACCUCACGUCACAGCUAUCUCUGCCUUAAACAGCACAGAGGGAUUGUACAGAAAAGCCCAGUUGCUGAAAGCUCUAAAUCGGCCAUCUGAGGCCUCGAAGAUUCUACAGCAUCUGCAUCAGCAAUAUGAGAAGAGUAAGAACACAGUGAUGAUUAUCAGGGUGAUGCUGGCAUCUGCAGAACUCCAUUGGGACUCGUCCGGUUUUGCGACCGCUCUGCCAUUAUUAUUACAGGCUCUUGCUCUGUCACGCCAACACAACCUCCAGAGCAUGGCCUCAGAAGCUGUGUUACACCUGGCAUUUACACAGCUUAUGUUGGGGAUCCCUGAACAAGCACUUGUACUGGUGCAGGAUGUGUUGGAGUCUGUGUUGGCUCACGGUGCACUGAUAGACAAGGGCAGAGCUCUGUUACUGGCUGCUCGCUGUCAGAUGGCGCUGGCAGGAAUUGCUGCUCAAGAACACAAACUGUCUGCUAUGGAACUAAUUGUGGACACAUUGGAUGAGGCAGCGGUGUAUUUCUCCCGUCUUGACUGUAAAGAGCGGAUGAGAGAUGUAUACUACCUACAGGCACACUUGCAUCACACUCUGGGCAACAUUUCCCAACGAAACAAAUGUGCCAUGCUCUUCCGCCUCCUUGAUCAGGAGCUCCCAGCAUCUGGGAUCACUGUUGUCAAUCGUCUUUAGGCUGCUAAUGUCACACUUGCUGACCACCAGGACAUAAAAUUAACAAUUUAUGUGUUAUAACAUGUACUGCGUGAGGUGUGC